AUGGGACAAGCCGUUGUUGAGUAGAGCAUCGAUUACCGCUUUUUCGGUAUUAUCAAGUUGAGUAGAUUUAGGCAUUAUGGCUUAUAGUGAUACACGAGGACUUUUUCUCUUAUACACCACUGAAAAAAACAGGAAAAACGUGUUACCUGAAACGAAAACUCGGAAAACUCUGGGGUGGGUCUAUAAUUCUGGGUCGGUCAAAAAUCAGAUUUUCUCGUAUCUUGAAAAACUUUUCAACUGGGUGAUUGAUAAUUAUGAUAUGAUUAUGUUUUUUAUCAACAAGGUUUAUCACAAAAAAAGUUUGGUGGCUCAAAGCUUUUCAAUCUUUCUUAAAAUCGGAGAAAUUAGGGUGGGUCUAUAAUUAUGGGUCGCAGUGUAUAGUUGAUUCACGGCUAGCUUGGGACGUUAGAGGGCGUAUCCUGUCUGCGCUCUCCACGAGCCAGGCGCUGUCUCGUGCAUUAUCGUGUUAGGACCCUUUUUCGAUGGCUCAAGCCAGUCGUGAAUCAGCUAUAUUCGAUCUUUCAGGGCUUACUGCAAGAGGGAAAAAUUGUCGGAAGUGGCGUCCGAACUGCAGGAGCUUGUCGAUGAGAUCGAAGUGGCAAGGAAAGAAAACAAACGGAAAGAGUCGGCUGAGUCCGAAAUGACCGAGGAAGAAGAAGAAGCGACUGAGGAAUACACGGAAAAGAUAUGCGGAGAGUGCGAAGACCCGCUGGAUCAGACCCGCGUCAUUUUCAACGAAGUCGUCGUGGGAGCCUGUUGCGGGACGGCCUACUAUCACUACGACUGCAUUUUGGUUCGAAAGCCCUUACCUCAAAAUUGUAUAGCCCAUUCCGUGCUAACUUGUUACGGAAUACGUUUCUGCAAUCCGCGCGGCCUGUAGCUAUGCAUGCGCCUUUAAUUUAGCCUGAAGAUUCUCGUCUCUGCGUCUUUGAAAUAGCCUCUCUGUGUGCGCCUUUAAUUAAGUAUUGAAGUUUUCGUCUUUGCCCCUUUUUCUGUAUGCGCCUUUAAAUUAGCCUAGAAGUCUCCGCGCCUUUAAUAUAACAGCCUUUUUCUGUGCAUGCGCCUUUAAUUUUGCCUGAAAGUUUCCGUCUAUUCGCCUUUAAUAUACCAGUUUCUCAUUGCAUGUGCCUUCAAGUUAGCCUUGAAGUUUCCAUCUCUGCGCCUUUAAUAUAACAGCCUCUCUGUGCAUGUGCCUUUAAAUUAACCUAAAUGUUUCUUUCUCCCGUUAAUAUAGCAGCUCUCUCUUUAUGCGCCUUUGAUUUUGCCUGGAAGUAUCCGUCUCUGCGCCUUUAAUAUAACAGCCCCUCUGUGCAUGCGCCUUUAAUUUUGCCUGAAAGUUUCCGUCUCUGCGCCUUCAAUAUAACAGCCUCUCUGGGAAUGCGCCUUUAAAUUAGCCUUGAAGUUUCCGCCUCUGCGCCUUUAAUAUACCAGUUUCUCAUUGCAUGCGCCUUCAAGUUAGCCUUGAAGUUUUCGUCUCUGCGCCUUUAAUAUAACAGCUUCUCUUAGUAUGCGCCUUUAAUCCAUCUGGCUCUUCAGAAGCGGGCCACUCGCCAGGGACUCAAUUUUCGAUGUCCCAUUUGUGGGAGCGACGAAGAGGAUACCUUCCUGAGGCUGAUGGCCCUCCAAGGCAUCCAUCCACCAAAUCAGUCAGUUCCAUCCGUCGCCAUCUUCCAAUUCUCAUCGAUUUUUCUUCAAGCUCAGCGCCGGGAAGCCGCGAAGAAAAGCCCCGCUGCUACUUUGCUCGGACCAUGCGGAAUGAUGGACGGUUAUAUUUUUAAAAAACUCGAACACUAAAAAUAAGUUUUGAGAGGCUGUCUGUGUCCACUUGGAGCCACUCAUUUCUCAGGAAUCCCGGGCGAAGAUCCGAAUUUCGGUGGGUUUUUUGAAGAAAUGUAACAAAGGUCCCGUGGAAGAAAAAAGAGCUGUUUAUCAAAGCUUUUUUGACCUGAUAUAGCAGAAAGGUGCUCUAAAAAAGACAUAGAGUGUAAAUAAAAUAUUUUUUUUUUUUUGGUUUACAAGAAAUUAGCCCUCGACGACGUCACCAUGCGCCUUUAAUAAGAGCUUCAUUCGAUGACUUUAUUUUUCAAACUUUACAUGAUCCGAAAAGCUCAUUGGAAAAGAAAUAAGUUAUGAAAUGGGACUCUUAUUAAAGGCGCAUGCUGAGUCACCACCCAAUUUAUUCACGGUUAGCUUGAGAUUUUUCAAAAGGCCUGUCUGCGCUCUCCACAAACCAGGGACUCAUUCCUUUUUAUCGUGUCAGGACCCGUUUUCCCAUGGCUCAAGCCAGCCGUGAAUACCAUUUCGACCUCCAACCUUACUUUAUUUUUUUGCUGAAGAUAUGGACAAUAAUUUUUUACUGCAGACGGCAAAUGGAGAUCGAUGCCGCGGUGCGAUAUUUGCGGCGUUUUUGCGCACCUUGGCUGUGCCGGGCUGCCUUUCUCGAGGUCGCCAUUCACGUGUGACGACUUCGACAUGAAAAAUCUGAAAAGAUCUCCGUGGUACUGCGACGACUGCUGCCACACGUACCAAGUGUCAGUUCAAGGCAUCUUAGGAAAAAAAUAAAAUUGGGGGUUUCCAAAAGACACAAUCUGAGAUGUUGAUGGAAGUCUAGAAACGCCCAGUGUGACUUUUUAUCUAUGUUAGCUGAAGUGCACAAGGUCGCUGGAGGUACAAUCGCAAAAACGCAUUGUCCCAUUUGUCUGCGCUUUCCUCGGCGCGAUAUCGCAAUCUUUUUCGACGCGUUAUCGCGUUCAUUCGGCGCGAUUUCGCAUUUUUCGGCGCGAUAUCGCGUCUUGGAAUUUUUUAAAGUUUUUUCGUGCGCUUGAAAGGUGAGCCGCCAAAGCGGUACAUUUGCGAGCCUUUCAAUGUAUCGUUUUUCUCUCCCGCCAGACUAGGCUUUUAUUUCUAGUUUACUUCAGACCCCCCCUGAUCCCAGAAAAAAAAACCGUCCCUAAGAGAUUUUUUCCGAGUUAUGGUUUUUUGAAGUCGGCUAACUGCUUGACGGAAUGAUUUUCAGCGUGUCUCAGAAGCCCACCCGGAAACAGAUCUACGAUCUGGAAAUGGGCAGACGCACGGGUUCUCUUGCCAAAAAAGCAUUGGUUUGAGAACCUUAUUAGGCUUUCCUGAUCCCAGAUCUGCUUCAGAAAGGACCUAAAAUUGUGCAUGAAGCGAUUGGAGAUGGCGAGAGAAUCGUUGGAUCAAACGUUAGUACGAUCCCUUCUCAGGAUUCUGGAGUUUUUGGAAGGGAAGAUGAAGCUUCUGAGAGAGUUGUGUCAAGGUUAGUUUUGCUGAUAAUAAUGCUACCAAACUCAGUUCUGAACUUUUUGAGGAAUUUUUGGAUUUUCAGCGACUCCGCUGUACCAGAAGUGCAGGCGGCGACUGAACCUCCUUCCUCGGAGAAUCAAUUUGAAGUGAAUAUGGCGAUUGACGACGUCAAGACUUUCCCGAUGCUGUUUUCGCUCGACGAAGAUCAACUUCUUGAAGAAACCCCGGCUCGUGACCCCUUGGAAGGACUUGAAGAGGAAAUCGACGAUUUCGAUUCAAUAGCUCCCGAAAACGAUCUGACGACGUCGAUUGAUGAAGAGACGGAAGGGACUGAGAGAAGGCCGGAAGACUUCCACGAUCUGGCAGCCGCGUUGAAACGUAGAUCUCAUGUUCGGACUAUGAUUUUGAUUUUUGUGUUGAUAGAUCUGGAAACUAGACGUGACCCGGAAAUCGUCUGGUCGGAAGCCCCGCCGCAAGUUCAGCCAGCUUUCAUCGCCAAUGAAAUUGAGGUUCAGAAUGAUCUACAGAGAAAAAUGACCUUUACGCCCUCUCAUGCUUACGCGCUAUUUUUUUUUCUUUAUAUUUCUCUGACCUUGCCCAUGAGGAAACAGAGAGAAGUAGGCACCCGCCGAGAAAUGUCCAGGAUGGACUAUAGGAAGAAUGUAUAGUCCGUUUUUCCCGACUUGAAGGGGUGUGGCUUCUCUGCGCCCUCCUCGUCUCUCGGCGACCCUCUCAUGUUGACGUCCUAUUUUCAUAUUUCUCUGGCCUCGCCGGUGAGAGAACAGAGAGACGUAGAAACGCUAAAAAUGUUCAGUCGCGGCGGGCGGACUAUACCGAAGGGCUUUUUUAAAAAUAUUUUUGACCAAUAAGGAAUUUUUGGAUACUUUCGGUAACGCGAGAGCCCCCGGACGUUCUCCUGAACUUCUAGUGAUCCCUUAAGCGGUUUCAGCAUUCUUAAGGGACUACUUGAAGUUUUCAAAAAACUCUAGGGCGAACCCGGUUCGCAUUUAAGAUUUGAAAGCUUCUGAUGCAUUUUUUUAAAAUAUUGGUUGAGUUUACGCUUUUUCAAAUUUCGUUGAAAAGAUUAAGUUUUCCCUUCUCAGAAAGCUCCUAACACUGACCAACAACAAGAACAGCUCAAUACUGUGAAAACGGAGAAUUUGGAUGAUAUGCCUCUGGAAAUUCUGGAGCCAGUGAGGCGCAGAACCUGCGAUAUUGAUGUUUGCUUUUUUUCAGUUUUGAGAAAAAUAAUUAUUUUCAUUAUUCUCAGAUCAUUCAACUUGAUGACAGCGAUGAGGAUGACGCUCCUGUGGAAGGUGAUAAGAUUUACAAAAAAAAAGAAAAUAAGUUUAACUCAAGUUACAUGGAAGCUAGCUACGCCGCAGACCAUCCGGAUGCAAGAGCCGCAGACUCCAACGACGAAUUUCCGGGCGUCGGCCGAGCCGAACUCUGUAGAUAGUGGCAAAGGGCGAAGAACGACGCCAAAGGGCUCCAAAACGCUAAUCGAGAAGGACGAGAAACCGGACGUGCCCCUGAAUACGGUUCUCGACAAGUGGCUGAGCAGGGCGAGAACCCCGGGAAAAUCGUCGACUCCGCAAACGGUUAAUCGCGUAGAAAAUGUGACGGCGAAAAUUGCCGAGACACGGCGUUUUUUCGACGAUGCCCGCCCAUAUUUUUCCGUAAAAUGUAGUGUGUCGUGUGCAUGCACUGCGGCGCUCUCGCACGCUCAAAGUUUUUUUUUCGCCAAUUUCAAAGUGAUAUCUGAAUUUUCGUAGUUGUUUUUUUUUUCACCUCCUGGCGGCUAUCUUGAAUUUCGCGGAAUCACUUUGAACACACAGCAACAAAAUUGCGUUUCUUAAAAUGAAAAAUCGAUUCGCCUCAUGACCCAUUGAACAUGCGCCUUUAAUUUUUCCUGUAAUGAUUGUUUCCCAUGACGUCACAUGGGAACGGACUCCGCCUCCUCAUUUUCGGUUUCGCAUUUGUUUUUUUCCACCAACAAAAACGCCGUGAAGAUGAAGCAUUCCAUGUUCAAAGUAACCGUCAGAGAUUGCGUAGAUCCUAGUUUUCAUGAUGAACUCAUUCAGAGUGCAAAAAAAACUUUUGAUGAUCAAUCUUAUCAGUUUUUAAUCAAUUAUUUCAGCCUUCAAAUGGGAACGAGAAAGCGCCUGACGUCACGACGGUUCUCAGUUCGAAGAGAAUGAACAGUGGGGAUUUUAUUUUUCAUAAAAAUGUUGUAUCCAUUUUUUGAGACCAAGAAGGAAGCACUCCGAAGCGCAUGAAACAAGAAUUGCCUGUGGGGACGGUUGCAAAGUCUGAAGAAAGGUGAUUGAAUGAUUUUUUUCUUUGGAUUGAAAGAGCUUGAAAUGAAUAUAUUUAUAAAUGGCAGAUAAUUGAAAAAUCGACUAAUAUUCUAAGCUCAUGAAAAAUUAAAAAAAUUUUUUUGAAAGUGAUUUUUUUCCUAGAACAUCAAAGUCUUUUGAAAAUAUACAAUUUUGACCUUUUUCAAAAACUUCUACGCGUUCAGACAACCCAGCGUCGUGCAGCUUGAAAAUGAUUGCUACAUUUCCUAUUCUUCCGAUGACGACGAAAUAGUUGUUCUCUCGACGUUCAAUACCCAAAAAAACGUCUGGCAACGUGGAAAUUGA